AAACUACACCCACCAGUCCGAGUUCUCGUCAGACGAUUCUGCUUCCAUCUCCUGAUGAGAUGCCUUGAUGAUCGAACCGCUAUAUCUGACACUCCUUCUGCGCGACGCUACAAGAGGGCGUCAAUGCCCUAUUUGGAUCCCUCAAAUCACAUCCGGAAUCCAGACGACAGCGACACGAGCAAGGCUAAGUGCAAGGACGUGAAUCAGAGGAAUGCGUGCUUGGGAUGUCCACCGGGUAAUCCAAUAUCCAAUCAAAGCAGCUUGCCUCUCAUACCCUCAAGCACGUUCUUCACAGAGCGUGAAGAAAGCAGGCUUGUGGAUCUGCUCCCGUAAACGUUCACCCAGCACUUUUUUGACGUCCCUGGGCGAAUUCAAUUGGACUCGAAGCCGCAUGGGUGCAAGCGGGAGGGAGAGACGUGCCUACCGCCAAAUUUUCGGUGUUUCACGGUCUAUGCUUCACAGUCCAUACUGUGUACAUGUCCUGGCCGUGCUCAUGCAGAUCACUCGCAUGGGGUACAAGGCCGCUUUCUGCGUAAGAAAACGAAGUAUCGUCUUAUCUACGCCAUCGUUCAAGCCUUUCAGAUCGUCUCCACCGUAUACGUCCGGCCUCACUCUCACCGGGCAAUUGCCAGCCGCGUGCUGCAAUACCUAUGCCAGGCCGGCGCGGUUAGCUGCUAUGCAUGCCAGUGAUAAUAUGUCGGCUGGGAGCAGCUCUCAGGAUGUGCGUCUGGCACUAGGCAGAUAUCGCACCCAGCGCCGAAUACUUCACCCGCAUCACCUUCACGUCAUUGACAUUCAACAUGCAACCAGUCAACACAACGGAGCAACGGUGAUAUCAACCACAUCGGGAUAGCUCAAAUAUCUCAAUCAACAACCACGGCUCGUCGAACUCUUCACUUCUGGCUUGACUCCACCCUAACCAUUCUUUAUCUUUCCUGCGGUGCAUCACAUUUCGCAAAUCGG